AUACGGACGAGUGCGCGGACGGGGACCGCUGCAGCCAUUACUGCAACAACUACAUCGGGGGCUUCUUCUGCAGCUGCCGACCCCACUACCACCUCCUGGAGGACGGCGCCCGCUGUGGGGUCAACUGCAGUGGGCAGGUCUUCACCAGGUUCAAGGGGGAGUUCGCCAGCCCCAACUACCCGAGCCCUUACGCGGAAAAUUCCGAGUGCCACUACCAUAUACGGAUCGAGCCGGGCUUCGAGGUCAUCCUGCGCUUCGAGGGAGACUUUCACGUGGAAGGGGAGCAGGGGGCCGGCUGCCGGACUGACGUGUUGAAGAUCAAAUCGGGAAGGAAAGAGUUCGGGCCUUUCUGUGGGGACCGAGCACCCAGCAUCCCAGGCCAGCUGGGAGAAUGUGGUGGACGUCACGUUCCGCACCGAUGGCACGGGGGAGCAGGGAGGUUGGAAGAUCAAGUACCACUCCACAGGUAA